AUGUUCAGCAGCUUUUUCGGCGGCGGUGGCAGCAAGGCUGCGGGGUUGCAGCCAGAUCUCGAAGCUGGACGGCAAGGUGGCGGUGGUGCUUUGGCCAACCUUGGCAGCGAAGAUGUCUUCAAGCUGCCUCUGGACAAUGCGAUAGAACCGCUCUACGAGACCGCUGACCGGCUGAAGGCGCGGUUGGAGGGCCGGGACUUCGCCCGGUCGGAGCAUGUCGAACAUGUCCGCUUAGCUGACGUGGAGGGCGAGAUGAACGAGCUGACGAUGGACAAGGAUAACGACGAGUCCAUCGAUGCACUCACGAAAAAGUCGCUGGAGAGCCUCACCAAGAAGACAGUCACGCGGACGAACAAAGAUGCCAAGCUGCCACUGGAUGCGGCGAGGAUCUGCCAGAUCGAGAAUCGGCUGAAGAAUGACCCAUCCCUACAAAUCGAGAAAAGGUCCGAUGGAACGCUGCUCUGGGAAUUCCCGGAAAACCCGGCAGCCCACGUCAAGAAGAACCUCAUCAAGACCUACCAGAGCAUCAAAAGAUCUGGCCACGACAUGUCUCAGGUCACUCUGCACCAGCUGGAGGAACGAGUGGAGAUGCUGAAGAAGCUGUAA